AAAAACGGUGGUGACGCCUCAGAGCAUGUACCCCCCAAGAGCUCCAGAUGAGACCCUGGAUAGAAAGGGGAAAAUGACAGCCUGGCCCUUCUCUAGGCUGUGGAGAGUGUCUGAUUCUACUUUGUUCCAAAUAGCCUUGGUGGCGGCUCUAUUGGCUACUGUUCUUGGCGAUUGUGGUCCUCCACCCAAUUUACACUUCGCUUUUCCAAUGAAAGAGUUGGAUGAGACAAGCUACAAAGAGAAAACUCGUCUGGCAUACAGCUGCCGCCCUGGCUACUUUCGGACCAGUUCGAAAGGUGCUUAUAUUAUCUGUGAAGGAGGCAGUUGGCAACACGAAAACUUCUGUAUCAAGAAAAAAUGCAGCAACCCAGGAGAAUUACGUAAUGGGGAAGUGAUCUUGAAGCCAGAUUACUCUUUUGGAUCACAUAUAGAAUUCAACUGUUUAGAAGGGUAUGUCUUAGUAGGCCCAACCACUAGUUAUUGUGAGGUCCAAGAUAGAACAGUUGGCUGGAGUCAUAGUUUUCCACAAUGUAUAAUUGCCCAAUGUGAACCUCCUCCAGCCAUCAGCAACGGGAAGCACAGUGGUUGGCGUGAAGAGUCCUACCCAUACGGCUCCUCUGUCACCUACAGUUGUAACCCCACCUUCUCCUUGGUGGGUGAAGCUUCCAUUUCCUGCAGAGUGGAGAAUAAAACAAAAGGUGUCUGGAGCCCCAGCCCUCCGACUUGUGAAAAAAUCGCCUGUCCUCAGCCAUAUGUUAACAAUGGAAGGAUGGUCUUAGGAUUUAGAUACUCCUAUACUUACAAAGACUCUAUUACUUUUGAGUGCAAUAAAGGUUUUAAACUCAAAGGCAGCGAUUUAGUUCGUUGUGGAGCUGAUAACAACUGGAGUCCUCCUCUUCCCAUCUGUGAGAUCUAUAGUUGUACUAACUUAUCAGCUAUCCCACAUGCUUCUUGGGAAAUAUAUAACCGCCGCCUACCAACAAAAGACGAACUGUAUGAAGUUGGGACUGUGUUGAGGUACCGCUGUCAUCCUGGGUAUAAAACUGCCAGAAAUAAGCCUAUGACUGUGACUUGUCAGGAAAAUUUGGAGUGGACCCCUUAUGAAGAAUGUGAGGAGGUUUGCUGUCCAGUACCAGAGCUGAAGAAUGGCAAAAUCAUUCCGCGAAGACAACAGAGGAGAGAUUUGGCCAAUAAGUGUGAAUAUUUCUAUGGAGACUCCAUUUCAUAUUCAUGUGAUGGGAGACGUAACGCUGAAGCUUCAUGCCAAGGAGAUGGCACCUGGAGUCCUGAAACACCAACAUGUGGAGAGAGUUGCUCUUAUCCUCCUGUCAUUGACCACGGACGUCCUAAACUAACUACACACACAUUCUCAGCUAAUGAGGCUAACUAUGAAUGUGACAGAGGAUACACUCUGGUUGGAAAUCCCACACUCUACUGCAGUUAUUCACGCUGGUCUGGUCCGCCUCCUCAAUGCAAAGCUGUGUGUCCGACACCAGAGAUAGAACACGGGAGUCUGCUUGUGGACAAGGAUCAGUUUGUUGAAACUGAAAAUGUCACCAUCCGGUGUGACUUGGGCUAUGCUAUCGUCGGUCCCCAAAGCAUCACCUGUUUGGAGGACAGGACCUGGUACCCAGUGUUCCCUGCAGGCUGUGAGCAAGUGAUAGCAGGCAGAAAGCUCAUGCAGUGUCUCUCUAGCGUGGAGGAUGUGAAGAUGGCCCUGGAGCUGUAUAAAUUGUCUUUGGAGAUUGACCUCCUGGAACAGCAGAGGGACAAGGCAAAGAAAUCCAUUCUGUAGUCACCACUCUGAUUUUUCCCCGAAGGUGCGCUGCUGCCUUCCAUUCAAUAUGGUCACUUUAGUUUAGAACUCUGCCAUUCUUUUGCAUUGUAAUGAAUACCUAAAAAUGGUAAUUUGCCUUUUAUUUGCUAGUGCUCUGAGAUUAUAGAAUUGUUGAUAAUCUUAUGGCUCACAUUUUUGCUUUUUGUGGACACAAAGUGCACAUUUUUCCAUUAAAAAUUUACUAUUACAGUU